UAGUACAAGAAGCCUCUUAAAUCGAGUCAUCGUCUUUGAUGCUGACCAUCGUCCCUGGGAUCCUAUGCUUCUCUUCCAGUAAGGAAGAGGCAAGAGAAACACAGGAUGAAUGAUUCCACACGCGCAAUGAAACUUGAUACCAUUCUCUCAAAUCUUUCCGAUUUCUGGUUUUUACCAAGUUUGAAUUGGAUAUCAAAGUACUCAUAAGAUGGGAUCUCUUAUACCGUCAAGAUCCGGCUUAAUGACAGACAAAUCACAAAAAACAUUGAAUUGUCACAAAAAAACAUUCCCUUGAACCAUUCUUCUCUGUCGUCAGCUUCAUCAUUUUCUGGGAAAAUGUCAGCUUUCUACAGUGGCAACAAGGGUCUAAAAAUAUCUGUAUUGAACAGAAGAACCCUCUGGUGCUGAAGAUGCACUAAUCCUGCAAGAUAAUGAUGUUUAGAGAGGAAAUCAACCAUGAAAAGAUGGUGCAGCCAUGAUGUCCAUCUUGUAACACACAGCAGAGAAAGCGAGGACUCCAGGAAAGAACGAUCAAGGGAAUUUUAUCCAUGGCAUUGUUGUCUGUUGAGCUGGGCAUGACGGGCGACCGAUCAGGUCAAACAGUCGAGGAAGCAGACAAAGAAGACCCACCAAGUGAGAGCCAAACAAAGCAGUAGAUUGAGACGUUGGCAUCCGGUUUCCCUUAAGUAAGCUUCUCUCUUCCCCUUCUCCCCGACUGCAUUGACAUUCCCAGGCAAUAUGCCCAUGAAAGCCUAGCACCUGGACCUCUCUGCUCCUCUGAGGCCUUUCUCAGACCCAAACUGCAAUCUUUGCACAAAUUCAUUCUUGUUUUCCCCUCUUCAUCGCCAUCUCUGUCACUCCAUACUUCAACUUCUAUACAAAAAAGAACUUUUUUCUUCAUCUCCAUCCCUGACAACCCAAAUUCCACACUUUCCAUCACUUUGCUUUCUAUUUCAUAUACAUCCCGGCAGUUGUUUCCGUCUCCGAUGAAUCAUGAAGCCUCUGCUAAUUCGCAGCUUCCAUUAGGCACUGGGCCUGCUACGGUCUGUUAGAAGAGGACUCUACGAAGAAGGCAGAGUCCUCAAGGCAGUGAUAUGACCUCCCAGCCCAACAGAAACGCCCACCUGGCGGUCACGGCAGAGAAAGGUGAACAAAGGCGUCACCUUGCGCCGAAGCGGAACUCCAAGAACGACCGCCACACCAAGGUGGACGGCCGCGGCCGCAGGGUCCGCAUGCCCGCCCUCUGCGCCGCGCGCAUCUUCCAGCUCACCCGGGAGCUCGGCCACAAAUCCGACGGUGAGACCAUCCAGUGGCUCCUCCAGCAGGCCGAAUCCUCCAUCAUCGCCGCCACCGGGUCUGGAACCAUCCCGGCCUCUGUCCUCACGUCGUCGUCCGCAGCCGCCAGCACCAAUCUGGCCGAUUCCGCCACGGCGUCCUCCGGCCUGCACCACAACAAGUUUCAAGAAUCAGGACAGAGCAGAGUCAACUGGGCCACGUUCGGGCGGCCGCACCCAGAACUGUGGCUGCCGCCGGUCGACGGAUUCGACACGAGUUUCUUCCAUUCGGCGGCAGCCGCGAUGCCUGUGGCAUCGAAUUUGCCGAGAAUUGGAUUUCCUGCUUUGGAAUUCCCUGGAACUAAUCCCAAUCAAAUGAGCUUCACGUCAUUGCUGGGCGGCCAGAGGCCGCCGAUGCCCGGAUUGGAGCUCGGAUUAUCACAACAUGGGCAAGUUAGGAUUUUCAAUCCUCAGGCACUGAGUCAAUUCUAUCAGCAUAUAGGGCAGGGCAGUGACCAUUUGCAUCUGCAUCAGCAUCAGCAGGUGCAACAAGAACAACAUCAAAAAUCUCCUACUCCUAACGAAAAAUCAGAGGUGUCUGCAGAAUAAGGAAGGUCAGAAUAGGAGGGGGGUUUUGCAGGAGAAUUGGGUGAGAGAUGCACAAGAUUUGUCAGGAGAUAAUAGAAUUCCUUUGUUAUUCUUGUUCUGUUUGUUGGAUGGUUCUCUUGUUUGUUCAAAGGUAAUGGAGAGAGAGAUGAUGAUGGUGAUUGAUGUUAUCUGCACUUGGUUUUAAGCAUAGAGUUGGUUCUGCCUCCUCUUUGCAUGCAAGAGAUCACAAGAGGGCCCCUAAUCAAUGUUUUGAUUGCAGAUGCAUGCAGCUGAAAUGCUUGGAAGGGAAUUAAAGUAAGGAUUUUAUCUUGAGGUUUGUAUAUAAAGUUCAAAGCACCAUUUGGAAAUUUUUGUUGUUUGGUUAGGUGGAUUGGUAAAUUGACUUUUGUUGCCUCAAGAAUAAGAAUUGCUUCUGAUAUCAUCACUUUAGUACCUGUGGUUCCUUUUUAUGAUUUUUUUUUGCUACUGCUCAGCGCUCGCAUGUCUUGAGAGAGGCCAUGUCUGUUCUCUCUUCCACCCCCAUUUUAUUUCUUAACUAAAUUUGAUUAGGGAAGAAGCAGGUCAAACUGAAAUUUAUGUUUAUGAAAGAUCCAAAGUCAUGCAAUAAAAUAAACCCUUCGAACUUAGAUGUGUUCUUGAGCAUGUUUGUUUGCACUUUGCAGUGUAGGAGAUACCUUUCGCUAUUUAUUUGGAAGUGCUAUAAAGUAUAUUCAUCAAAUACAGGAGUAAAAGAAGAAGAUAAUGAUAAGAAAUCAAGUUGAACACUAUAGCAGACCAUUCAGGGAGGGUUUAAGAGGAGUCAAAAUCUUUAACAAUGAACUAAACAGAUGCCAAGAACAUUGAAUUUUAGUGUGAAAUAAGAUGAACAAAAGAAUCCAUCAAACUUCAUGGAAGAACUAACAAAUCUAUUGUUGAUGUUCGCUACUUGUCAACAUCACAUAUACUUAAAACACAAAAGAUGUCCUAUUUUUCUUGAAUGUGGAUUCCUUGCAUUGCACCAGAUAGUAUCAAAGGUAAUAAAUUAAUAUACGGAGGAGCAUGAUAGAUCAACGAGUGACAUCUUUAUUUAAUAGUGAUUUAUCUGAGGUUGUCGUGUAACUCCCAACUUCCAAGUGUAUUAUGUUUUUAGUAAAGGAGACUUGGGGAAUGAUGAAUAAGCAGCAUAAACAUGAGAAGGUUCCGAUGGAUGUUUGAUGACUAGAAGCAGGACAAGAUGACUGUGCCAAGAGGGGUUUUGAAAUCUCUUUAUGAACCAUUAAGAAGUGAUAUGUGAUCUCUCUCGGUUUCUAACCUAAUGGCAAGUAAGCUUUCUGCUCUAAUUGGUGUUGACUAAGAUUUGCAGUCUCUUGCGUUCUUCUUCUUAUUUCCUCAGUUUUGAAGUACUCGCAGGUUUCGCUUUGAAACCAUUGAUAUUGGCUAUUAAAUAUUUCAUGUAAUUUAGGUAAAGGAAGAAGGAUUAGGAUCCUUGAGGAAUAUUGAUCUAAAUAUAUCAGGUGUUACAGUGUAUAUCAAUUUUCAAUCAUAUCUUUGUCUCUACAUUUCACUUGAUACUACACUUGAUACAAGUUCACACUUCACUGCCAUACAUCUUUUCAAACUUUUACCAAGGAUCUCAUUUUCUCCUGGAUCAGUAUAAUCAAGCCCAUAAGUAUUCUUUUGUUCUAAUCUUAUUCAAGGUUUUGGGAAGACCCACCUCUUGGAUCUAAUUGAAUUCCUAGUUGAGCCAGUGAUGCGGCUGUUUCACGACGAAGAAACCUUAAACUGGUUACCUUCUGUGACAUACUGCAAGGUUGGAAGUAUGAAAUGGGGAAGUUUCACUUGCAUUUCCUGCAAAUAAUUACCAUGUUGUGAUGUGAAAUUGUAUUACUAUCCCAUCACUGAAUGAAAGAAAAGAAUGCACAAAUGUUAUUCAGGAACAACAGGAAAGAAGAGGUCUCUCACCCAAUGAACCAAACAAGAUCCAAGCAUCUUUAUGAAGAUGGCAGCUCACAGGAUGUUUCUUGUUCAUUCUCGCUGCACCAGCAGAUGCUCAGCCCCCUCUUCUUAUGCCAAACAGCUCCACCAAAAGACUUCUUCUACCAACCAGAGAUUGCAGGCAGCACUGACAGUGAAUCCUUUCUUGAUCAAAAUACCUGCUGUCUUUUGCUUCUUAUUAUGCAUCACACCAAGGGAAAUCCUGCAUUAUUUUUUUAGAUGCUAAAGCAAGUCAAAGAAGAUGAUCUUACCGAUGACUAUUUCAUCGCUGGUAAACUGUUUCAGCAUGGGCCUCCUCCUUGUUUUGUUCUUCUUCUGCAUAGAACCUGAACCUUCUUU